GUGAUCGCAACUCGCAAGGGGGAUCCGCCGAUCCGAUUUUGAUUUGCUCGUUGUGCCUAUUUGCAUGAUUCCGAUCACAAAUUCUGCAAAUUCAAGUUCAGAGAGUAGCAGCAGUUAUUACAGGCACCAAGAGCCAAAAUGAUGGAGGAGGUGGGUGGGGAGCCAUGUCCUCCCCACCUUGGGCCGUCAGCAGUUGCAGAGGACCAUGAGCUCACGGAGCCGACACCGUCACUGGCUGACUGCAGCCCGCUCAAGAGCCUGGGGCCAACCCUGCACAGCCUGCUGUUGGCAGACACCCACCUGCCGGCCAAACGGAGUGAGCUGGGCCUAACUGACGUCCAUUACCUUGAGCCUCUUCCACUGGCUACUGUUGCUGCCCCAGUGGCUCCCGAGCCUACUGCCCAGCAGGCUCCUGCUGGUUGCUCGGUCAUCAUGGGCUACCUGAGUAAGCCUGACGAGCCAGGUGGACAGUCGCAGAUGUCGGUCUCCACAGACACCGAGGACCCGGACGACCCCGCGGAACUGCCGCCGGCGCUGCCCGACCUCUCGCAGACCUGUCUGGUGUGCGGAGUGACGGCGGAGCGCGGGCGGGCGCGGUGUCUGCGGACGGCCGAGCCGCUGCCGGCCAGCGGCUCGGCCUACCUGUCGUUCGUCGGCGCGCUGCUGUCGGCCGAACUGGAGCCGGGCGCGCUGGAUCGUCUGGAGGUGAUCUGUCCCGACUGCCACGACCUGCUGGUCACCAUUGACGACCUCGAGCAGCGCGUCGCCGCCAUGAAGAACAGCGUGCGCAGCCAGUUCCGCGAGUGGUGGCGCGCCGCGGCGGACGACGCUGCCGGCGCCGGCCCGGAGCUGCGCCGCCGCGGCCGGCGCGCCGCCGCCGCCGGAGCCGGCCGCCGCCCGGGGCCGCAGCCGGACGCGAGGGGCACGGUGACGGAGGCGGACCCGGCGGCGGAUGACGAGUACCGACCCAGCAAACGGCGCAAGAAUGCUCCCAAGUCCGGUGCGCGGCGCGCCAAGUCUGGUAUGGCGAGCGAGAGGAAGAUCGCGAAGUCCAAGAACCUGGUGUGCACGCGGUGCCCGUUCUACACGUUCGACCGGGACGCGCUGCGGGCGCACAUCGCCUCCGUGCACGCCGGUGAGAAGGCGCACAGCUGCGAGGUCUGUCACAAACGGUUCACCUACGAGGACUCGCUGAAACGGCACAUGAACCAGCACCAGCACUUCAUCAAGGAGUUCCGCUGUCAGCCGUGCGGUGAGCAGUUUGUGAACCGGUCGGAGCUGCUGCUGCACCGUCAGCUGUACCUGCACGGCGCGCAGGGCUCCCCGCCGCCGCCGCCGCCGCCGGAGGAGCCCGCCGCCGCCGAGGCCGACUGCGCGCUCCAGUUCGCCUGUCCCGACUGCGGCCUGGUGCACACGCUGCGUGACUCGGAGCAGCAGCCCCGGCCGCCGGCCUGCCAGUGCGGCCGACAGAUGGACAUCGCCUCCGUGCUGCGGCUCUUCCCGAACGGCGGCGGCAGCGGCGCCUGCCUGGCGUGCCAUCAGCCGUGCGACGGCCCCGACGCGAUGGAGAGGCACCUGGCGGAGGUGCACGGAACCGGCGACGUGGUGUGCUCGCUGUGCGGCAGCCGUUUCGCGCACCUGGACCAUUUCCAGCUGCACGCGCUGUUCCACUCCACACUGGAGGAGUUUGCGUGCGAGCAGUGCCCGUUCCGCACGUACAGUCCGGCGCGGAUCGCCAGCCACCGGCACGAGCCGGCGCCGGCCGCCGAGCGACCCGUCAGCGACGAGGCGAUCGUGGCGGCGGUGCGCAACAACCCGCCGGGCCGACGCGGCCGUCCGCGGAAGGACGCGCCGCCCGAGCCGCCGGCCUUCCACCGGUGCCCGAUCUGCAGCAAGGAGCUGUCGUCGCUGACCAACCUCAAGAACCACAUGGUGCUCCAUUCGGACGUGCAUGAGCACAAGUGUCCGGUCUGCGAACGCAGGUUCAAGCUGCGAAAAUACCUCAACACGCACCUGACGCUGCACACUGGCGUGCGGCAGUUCAAAUGUACUGUAUGUGGAAAAGACUUCAACCAGAAGUGUGAGCUCAACCGGCACAUGCGCUACCACAACGGAGACAUGACACAUGUCUGUGAGUUCUGCGGCAAAAGGUUCAGGGAGGCCAACGGACUCAAAUUCCACCUCCAGACGCACACCGGGGAGCGGCCGUUCUCGUGUGACCAGUGCGGGAAGGCGCUGCGGAGCGCCUCCAAGCUGCGGGUCCACCAGCGCACCCACACUGGCGAGAAACCGUACAAAUGUGAAUACUGCGGCAAGGAUUUCGCCUACAAGUACAACUUUGACUGUCACCUGAGGCUGCACACGGGGGACCGGCGCUUCAGGUGCUCGGUAUGCCAGACCGGGUUUGAGCGACGCGACAAACUGAAGGCCCACGAGCAGUCAUGCUCGCGGCGGAUGGCGGCGGCCGCGGCGGCUGCUGCGGAGGCGGCGGCGGCGGGGGCGGCCGCCCACCCGCCGCCGCCGCCCAGCGAGCCGCACCCGUACCCGUGGUCCAUGGAGGCGCUGGAGCCGCACUGACCGUCCUGCGGCUCCGGAGGCGCUGUGUCGGUGCGCUAGCUACCUCUGCGGCGUGCUGACUGCCGGCCGGGUCCGACUGUCACUCCCAGAGAUCACCUGCGGGCUGGUCCUCCCGACAGCACAGGGCUGGGUGACGCCGCCACCCCAAACACACACCGCUCGAAGGAAGGGCUUAUGUUUGUGGCAGUUCGGUGAUGACUUUAUACAGGCCACCGGGCUGGGUGUGAUGUGUGUAGUGUGCUACGCUGUUCUCAUGACCACAUUUCCAUAUUAGGACUGUCGGUAGUUGAACUGAGUGACAUUGAAAGGAUUGGGGACUACGUGGGCUGUGAGCUUGCAUUCGUAGUGAUCAUUUGUUGUUACAUGAUCAACUGUAGUGCUGAAUGCAUCGUCUAUCUAUGGAGCGUAUCACAACUAACUAAUCGUGUCCGAUCAAUGAUUUUUUCUCUGCAUCUCUAUCAGGUAUUAUAUUGUCGAUGCAUAUGAGCCGACCGUGAUCCAUGACUCAGCCAUUUAUGGCAGCUUUUUCUGUGCAUGUACCCAUGAUUGUAUCGUUUCCUGUGGGCUACUUAUUCCGUGUGUAUCACCGUACCCACGAGACCUCUCAGUAUGGCGCAUGUUUAUCCGUUAGCCUCAGCACGACAGCGGAACACGCCGGGCUCAGUGUACGUACCGCUGUGAGCCGAUCUCGCAGCCUCAGACUGUAUUCUGUCACAUUUCCGUCCGCCAAACCGCCGUCACGGGGCUCAUCGGCCCUCGUCUAACCGUACGUUCGUACCUCACGCACGAGUCGGUGGCCGUCGCCAGCCUGUGCCCCACUGUUGGUCCAACCCGUGUGUGACGCCAGCCCAGCCCAGCCCACGGAUACUUACGGGCCAGUGGGGUGGACCGGAAGGCGCUGAUUGGUAAUCUGAUACCAUCGGCCCGGCCCGACCGCCUUGUUCGGUAUCACCUGUCUGAUAUUGACGCGCUGUCUAUGAUACCUGACGUGGUUUGUAUGACCGUCUUGUUGGAGCGUCGCUGGUCGCUGUGGUGUGUCUGAAGUAACUUUCCGUGGCUUGGCACUAAUAUCUAUGCGUCUAACGGGCGGUGGAGGGUCCAUGCUACCUCUUCCUGACCUCACUGGAUGCCGUGUGGCGGCGCUGUUACCCGGCGGGAAGAGGGAUGGAGACAUACGGGGGGGGGGUCAGAGUGGGAGACAUCAGGGACGGGUGGGAGGCAGAGUGGUUGGGUUGGGAAGAGAUCUGGUGACCUGGUGAACAGAGUGUUCCGCGCUGUGGUGUGACCGACUGUUAGUGACCACUGUUGCGACUGGGUUGGAGGUGAAGGGGGGGGGGGCAGAAGGUCUGUGGCUCUCCAUUGCGGCGCUCUGGCGCCUGGCCAUUGGACACUAAGAGAGGGGGGGACGACAAGUGGUCCCAUCUGAACGCCGCUGUUAGAAAACCGGCCAAGGGCUACUGGGCUAAAUUACAGCUGGUCUGAUGAUAUGGGUCGCGGAUGGUGUCCGAUUAUUCCGUAUUUGAUCAUGUUGAUGGCUACUGUCGAUGUGCAUGGCUCUAUGAAUUCAGCCAUAAAUUGACCGAUGUCGGUGAAGUGAUGUGUACACAGUGAGGCGGCGCUCUCCGUCCUUGCCCCCAUCCCGUGCGGUAGGUAGUAGGUACUGCCGCCACUGGGGCCACUGAGAGCACUAAUGGGCAGGCCGCCGCCACCUGGGCGGCCUGCCGGCUGAAAGCAAAGUUUUAAUGCGCGCCGAAUGCCGGCUGUUGUACUUUGUUCUCCUGUUUGCGGAUUGUGCGCUGAAAGUCGGUGAAACGUAUUUAUAUGUGCCCAAAGUUGCUGCCGCGGAGUUGCCGCCACGUUUUGUAAUAAACUCAUCGGACGGUG